GAACGGACCACAGGUUAAUUCGGUUUGACCUCCUGUACGGUGGCAAUAUGUAACGACCCGUUGCAUGCUGGGAACCGUGCUGCUUCAAUUCAUUCGAGUCAGGAAACGAAACACUUGUUGUAUCCGACCGAAUUUUUCGGCAUGGCGCUGACCCGUCUUGAACGGUUCUUAACCUGGGUGUUGCGCGCAUUUGUGGCGUUUCUGUUCGCCGCCUUUCAGCUGCUUGCACCCCGGCAGUCGGACGGGUCCUCUAAACUCCCACCAAUCACAAACCCUCUGCUGAUGAUAUCGGGGAUACAGCUCGCGCAGAAGAUACGCCGAAAGGAGGUAAUGAGUGUAGAGGUGGUCCAGGCAUAUAUUGAUCGCAUCCAGGAGGUCAAUCCCCUCAUUAACGCCAUGGUUAAGGACAGGUUCAGUGAAGCUCUCCAGGAGGCUGCUCAUGCGGACAGGCUGGUGCAGGAGGAGGAGGGGGGAGAGGAGGCUCUGCAGCAUCGCCUCCCCCUGCUGGGCGUUCCCUUCACUGUCAAAGAGUCCUUCAAGCUGCAGGGCAUGCCGAACAGCACAGGACUGCUGUCGAGGAGGGGUGUGGUCUCCCAAGGCGACGCCCCCCCCGUAGCGUUGCUGAAGAGGGCGGGGGCGAUUCCACUGGGCGUCACAAACUGCAGUGAGCUCUGCAUGUGGCUGGAGUCCCACAACCGCCUGUACGGCAUCACCAAAAACCCCUACAACACUGAGCGCAUACCUGGCGGCAGUUCAGGAGGGGAGGGCAGUAUUUUGGCGAGCGGGGGUUCUGUCAUCGGCGUGGGCUCAGAUAUCGGGGGCAGUAUCCGCAUACCCGCCUUCUUUAACGGCAUCUUCGGCCACAAACCCACCCCAGGUGUGGUGUCUAAUGAGGGUCAGUACCCUCCUGCCUCAGAGCAGCAGCAGAGCUUCCUGUGCACAGGACCCAUGUGCCGCUACGCCGAAGAUCUGCUCCCUCUGCUCAGGAUCAUGGCAGGACCCAGCGCAGAAAAGCUGUCUCUCUCCUCGGAGGUGGACCUGAGUAAGCUGAGGUUUUUCUCUGUGCCUCAUGAUGGUGGUUCCCCCCUCAUGUCCCCUGUGGACCAGGAGCUCCUGGAGGCUCAGAGAAAGGUGGUGGAGCGUCUGGAGACAGACCUGGGGGUGAAAGUACAGAAGCUGCAGCUCCCCCAGCUCAGAUACUCCUUCCAAAUCUGGGGAGCAUUGAUGGGGGCUCCAGGGAAGGACGGAAAGCCGCCCAAGACCUUUGCAGAGCUGAUGGGGGGUGAAGGCAAGAGGGUGUGGCCUAUCUGGGAAAUGGCCAAGUGGAUGCUGGGACGGUCCUCCCAUACCAUGCCUGCUAUCGGUCUGGCUCUGAUGGAGAUGGUGCAGAGCUCUCGGCCCUCCCCGUUUGUCCUACAGCAGAAGGAGGAGCUACAGACACAGCUUGAGGAGCUUCUGGGUACAGAUGGGGUUCUGCUGUACCCCACUCACCCCCACAUCGCUCCCAAACAUCACCACCCUUUCUUCACCCCCUUCAACUUUGCUUACACAGGGAUCUUUAACAUCCUGGGGCUGCCGGUGACUCAGUGUCCUGUGGGACUGAGCAGGGAGGGUUUACCCCUGGGGCUGCAGCUGGUUGCCGGGAAACGGCAGGAUCACCUGACUCUGGCAGCCGCCCUGCACCUGGAGAGAGCAUUCGGGGGCUGGAGGGACCCGGGGACUGUCUAAACACACACACAAACACACACACACUCACACACUCUACACACUAUACACACACACACACACACAUACACACACUAGCGAUAAAACAGAAUGAUAACUGAUUAAAGGACAGCUUCUGUCUAUUCAAAGUAUUACAUCAAACUGCUUAACACACUGUACACACAGUACUUACACACAUGUGCUCCCACAGAUAUGCACAAACUGCUUAACACACUGUACACACAGUACUUACACACAUGUGCUCCCACAGACAUGCACAUACUGCUUAACACACUGUACACACAGUACUUAAACACAUGCUCCCACAGACAUGCACAAACUGCUUAACACACUGUACACACAGUACUUACACACAUACUCCCACAGACAUGCACACAUUCUGCACACAAACAUUCACACACAAUGUACAGACCACAAACACAUAUUUUAAUUCUUUGAGACCACCGUUAAACAUACAACAAAUAAGAACCCUGAAAGUAUGUAUUAUAUGAAUACUUGAAUAUGAACCAUGUAAUCAUAUGGUUGUUCCCUGUCUGAACUAUUUUAACUGAUACAAGGAAGUACACAGUUCUCACAACAUACAGAUGAAACCACUUUCAUACAGAGAAAAAGCAGAUUGAUAACUGAUUAAUUGAUAGCUACUAUCUCUUCAAGUUUUACUUCACACUGCCUCACAGUAAAUAUACCUUUUCACUUUAUAUAGUUGAAAAACUGAACUUAAAAUUUUAAAUUGCUAAUAUUUUAGAACAUCUGCAUUCAUGUGUAUAAUUAACUUAAUUACAUAAAGUUCAAUAUUCUUUGUUAUCAAUAAUGUAAUGAAAAGUAGCAUAUUCAGGCUUUGCAGAGAGGCAUGUGAUUAAAAUGUUCCCUGAAUUUCAAAGUGAAAUUACAAUACAAAUAAAUGAGUCAUUGAUCCCGGUUCGGUAGUAGGGAGAGCAGUUUGUUGUGUAUAUUUGUAAUGUUUUGCAGAUUAAUUCAUGAACAAAUAACAAGGUAUAUUAAACAUG